AGUGAAGGAGGAUGAAGAGGAGAAAGGAAACUCUACUUCAGUAACUAUGGGAGAAAUUCCCAAGGACAACCUGGCACGAUACAGAUUUCCUACUGUUUUUUGGUUUUAUUUUAGGAAAAGAAAUUAUCCUGUUCUUGAACCAAAUUGAUCUGACACCCUAAAAAGGGGACACUGAGGGAGCUUUUUCCAUUCUGCUUAAGAAACUCUUAAAAAUUCAUUAAUUCAAGGAAGCAGUGAGCUUGAAGACUGAAGCAAAAUAACUUCCAACUUCUCUUCAUGAAAAAUCUUUUUGUCAUUCUCCAAAGAUGUAAUUACCUGAUAUUUGUUUCAAGGUAAAGAAUGUUAUUUCCCAGACAAUCACAAUUUUGGGGCAUCUUGCUCUUUUUCAUGGAGAUAAAAAGCUACAAUUGCCUUCUGUAAUCAUUAAAAUCAGAAUGACCUGAAAUCCAGGCAAAUGAGGUUUUUUUACUGGUGCUUCCCCUCCCAAUCUACUUUUAAAGUUCCUGUUUGCAGCACAGUCAAAACCAGUUUUUAAGUCUGUUGAGAUGGAGGUGAAUGGUGAUUCCAGGUGGAAUGAAGAGGUGGAGGAAUGAGCCUCUUUGGAGGUUUCUUCUGCCCCUUGGCUCCAGUUUGCAGCCCUAGUUAGUUGGGGUGCAGCAUUGCAGGAUGUAUGUACCGAGUCGUUCAGACAACGGGACCAGAUGGGAAAAAACUUCUGAAAUUGCUUCCCAUUUCUAAAACUUCUGGAAGCUUUGUGCCAAUAGUUCAGUCUCCAGCCAUGCCAAAUAAUUCUAAUGCAAAUGUUUCUAGCCCAGUCCAUCUUACUUUUAAGACACAGCUUGGCAAUACUGCUGCACCUUCAUCUGUUAAGAUACCUAUUUUUCAGCCUCCUAAUCCUGGAAAGAUUGUUCUUAGGAGGACAUUAGACAAGCAGGAAAGUGCUAGGGCAGGUUCUGAAAAGGAAAGCUCGAUUCCAAGUGCAGCUGUCAACUCCCAGAGCAGCUGUGUGCCCACGGAUGGAGUGUCCUUGCAGAACGUGGUCAUCUCAAGCUCCUCUCACCAGAGCAGCACAACCUACAUGGUGGUGAACACCAAAUCCCUCCCAGUGACUGUCAAAUCUUCAGUGCUGCCCUCCGGACACCACCUCCAGAUUCCAGCUGAUGCAGAAGUGAAGUCUGUCCCAGCAUCUCUUUUGCCACCUGCAAUACAGCAAAAAAUCCUGGCAGCUGCAGCCACCAACGUGUCUGGAGGGGCCGACGGUACAAAAACGCCGACGGUGAUUUACGUGUCACCCGUGAACACCGUGAAAACCUCCCAAGUCCUGCCCAAGUGCUUGCAGAGCUUGUGCCCCAAAUCUGCCAUGGAAGUUUCAAAGACACUGGUAGUGACAGCUGCCCAGAAGGGAUCUGGCUCUUCUCCUGAGCCAGUCACACCUGAGGGGCAGCAGUGCCAGCAGACUCCCAUGAAAUGGAUCGUGCAAGAAACUGCCCCACUCUCAGCAGCUUGUCUUAUCCCUGUGAAGUCUUCAAAUAAUGUGGCUUCCAAGAUCCUGAAAACUUUGUCAGACAUGAAGAAUGUAGAAGUUAAUACUGCAAAUAUUUUGCCACUCUGUUCUAAUGGUCCUGGUGGAAGCCAAACCAAAAUCACACCUUUGAAAGAUAAUGCUCUGGUCAUGUACAAUGGGAAGAUCUAUUUAUUGACCAAAAGAGGCUCUGAUGUUCUGUCAGCCCAGGCUGACAAACAAACAUCUUCCUCUUCUGAUGCUUUACCAAAAACGGAGACACCCAAGCAAAUUGAUUCUACUGAAGUCAAUAAAAUAACCAGUAAAGUGGUGAAUCUGCUGUUGUCAAAAAGCAAAGGAGUGGUGCUGUCUCAGAAAGACCCAAACCCAUGUACAGUCUCCAAAAAUUCAUCACCAGCUGGCUUAAAAAAUGACUUAAAAUCCACAUCUGCAGCUCUGCUUAUACCAAGUGCUGAUCAGCAGGAUCCCACUGUAAUCCAGGGACAGAAUUUGCCCUUCACCAAGAGCAUUUCUUGCAGUGGAGUGAUCCCAGUUCCAGCAGUAGGGAUGCAGGAAAGUGUGUGGCAGAAUGGCAAAGACAAGAGUCAUUCCCCACGAGCAGCUGUGCUACCUCAGGCUAAGCAGGAAUGUGCUGUCAGUGAAGAAUGGCCAAAGAUCCAAUGUGAAAAAAUGGAUUCACCGGGAAAGGUUAUUCAAAUCAAACACCAGGAGAAGCAACACUGGAGACAAUUCUUGGAAUUAAGGAAAAAAUUUGGUCUCUUUAAGGAGGAGAGAGUUUACCUUACGAGAAUACCAUUAAGGGCCUUCUGUGAGAGUCCAGAAGAAGGGGUUUGUUCCAGUGACAGUUUGGAAAGGAAAAAUGAUUCUUGCAGUUCAUCCUCAUUGGAUGUGGAAAUAAUGAAUCAUCAUCAGGAAUGUGUUAAAGAGAAAAAGAUAGCUGUGGAUCUGGAAGAGGAUUUGACUAGGAGAAGGAAAAUAAAAUCUUCACCUUUGUUGGACAGUGGGAAGAGGAGGAGAACUUCCAUCAAAUCAGCCACAAGUCCCAGUUUAGAAGUCAGCAGCUCGAGUUGCAGUGCACUUAGCAGGAGUGUGUCACCUCCCGCAGCCUCGCCGCCGCCGGCUGCUCCCACGGGGAGGGACUCGGAGCAGGACACGUUCCCCCGGAGCAGUGACACCACCCACCCGGGCAUUUCAGCUUUAGUGACUCCUGAAGAGGAUGCUUCCCUUCUGGAAGGUUCUUUCCGAGAUGACGCCUUCCCCGUGGCUCCCCCAGACCUGGAUGAGACAAUCCGGGAUGAGAAAAUCAAGCGACUGAAGCAGCUGCUGCGGGAGCGGGAGGCGGCGCUGGAGGAAAUGCGCCGGGAAAUGCAGCAGAGCUGAAACCCCUGCCCUGGUGCUCCCAGCCUCGUGCAUCACCUCUUCAGGGACUUCAGGAGGAGAUCCCUUGCUUAAAUGAACAUUUCUGGCAGAUGGAAGAACUAGAUGAAAUUUGUGUGUAUUUAGAGAACUGUAGGUUUUUGUUAAAUGCCAGAAAUAAGAGACUUGGACCAUCAAAUUCUACUUCUGGGACAUGAUCCAAGAGCACAGACAUUUUUACCAUUCCCCAUAUUUUGAAUCUAGGGGUUCUGUAUUAGUCUUAGGAAAUAAACUUUCCCCUUUCAAAUUCCAUAGCCUGGCUCUUAGAACCCCAAUGCAAAUUGCAAACCCUAGUUGUAGAUACUUUUUUGUUUGUGUUUCUCACUGCAUGAGAACUUUGAAUUCCUGAGAACUGUCAGUUUUCAGAAGAGGUCAACAGUCAGUUGUUAAUAAAUGCUAUUUAAAGGAGCUGGGAAUUAGGCUGUAGACAGUAACAAUGCAGGUAUUUAUACAAAACCUUUUGCAGAUGAAGACAGAGGCAGGAGGAGCCCUUUGACAGUUUGGAUUAAUGGAUCUCCCUGUCAUUAUUGUGAGCCUUUAUAAGGCCAUGGCCAGCUCCAGCUGUGCAAUGUGGAAAUUUGGUAGUGGGGUUGUUUUGCAAGAUGUACUUUUUUUAAACAGAAUUCUGUUAAUAAUAAUAAUUUCUCAAAGCUAAAAGACUUCUUGAUACCUGGGUGGUAUUUUUAACAAUCCUCAAUGAGUGUCUUUUAAUUUGUUGCUGUUUGAACAUGUCUCUUCCCACCUUCAUUUACGGUACCUUAGUUUGCCUUGUUGGAGGGGAUGUGCCCUCAGACUGUCUUUACAUCCUAAUUUUUAUAGAACUCCGUGUGUAUUUUCCCACAUGCUCUGUUGUAUGUGUAGGGACACUUUUCCUUGUCCUCUGUUGUCCAUGUCUUUGAUCCUUGCAGGUUCCUUCUGCAGUUUUUCAGUUUCUCUUCCACCAAUUAAUAACUUUUUUUGCCAGCAGAGUUUGUGAUUGUCUUGUUCUUGUCUAUUUAUGUUUAUGUUUAACAUCACCGAUCCCAGCAGAGCUCUGCUGCGGAUUUGUGUUCACAGGAGGCUUUUUUACUGUCUUUGCUUUUGUUUUUAUUCUUAUUUUGUUUAAUUUUAGUCAAAUUUUCAUCUGCAGGGUUUUCAUUUAUUAUCCCGUGGAUGCCCAGUUUAUCUAUAGGGUUUUGGUGUUGGAUGGAUGUUUCUUAGAGAGCUUAGUCCCAAAUUCCUUGUUUAUAUAAUUUUUGACAGUGGGAAAAAUUCCAGUGGAUUGGAGAAGCAGGAGAGGUUUUUACAAGGGAAGAAAGAAGUUCCUGCUCUGAAGAAUCACAGAAUCAGAGAAGGCUUUGGGGUAUAAGGGACUUUUACAGCUCAUCUCAUUCCACUCCCUGCCAUGGGUACCUUCCACUAGCCCAGGUUGCUCCAAGCCCUGUCCAGCCCAGCCUGUGACACUUCCAGGAGCAGGAAAAGCUUGAGCUGGACCAAGGUGAUGGACCAGAUGCACAGUGGUGGGUGAGGAGGGAGGGUAAAUAAUGGAAAUAAAGUCUGCAGUGAUUGAGGGUACUUGGUAGGAGGGAAGUGUGGUGGAACAAGCAAGUCAGGGUGGUACUGUGGGCAUCCAUGGGCUCACUGUGUAUGGAAUGGGUGUUCUGGGACAGACACCCACGUGCUCCACUCGCUCCCCUCCUGUGGGAUGGGGGAAAAUGGAAGAAUGGAACUGUGGGUGAAGAUAAAAGCAGUUUAACAGGUCAAGCAAAAAGCUGCUUACACAAGAAGUAAAAUCAAGAAUUCAGUCACCACAUCCUGUCAGCAGGCAGAAGAUCAGCCAUUUUCAGGGUCUCUGUGUGCACUAUUCACUUGGAAGACAAAUGCUGUGACCAGAAAUGUUGUUCCAUCCUCCUGCUUUCAUAAAGCUUUUAUUUGCUGAGCAUGGCCUCCUGUGGCACGGAAUAUCCCUUUGAUCAGUCUGGGAAGACUGCCCAGGCUGUGUCUGUUCCCAGUUCCUUGUACAUCCCCAAAUUCCUGUCCAUCCUGAGCCUGCUAGGGGGUGCACAGCGAGAGAAGGAGAAAACCCGGCUGUUGUGGGAGCUGUCCUCAAAACAGGUGUGUGAUCAGCAGUCUCCUCAAAUCCCAAACACGGCGUCACCUGGGGCUACUGUGAAGGACAUUGACUCCAUCCCACCUGAAAGGAUGAAGUGGGAAUUGGGAAGGGCACGGAGGCAGCCUCGUGUCAUGUCUGGUGUUGCAAUCACCUGCAGAAGAUACUCUUCCAACAGAUUUUGCUCACUGUUCUCUAACAAGUGUCUUUCCUCUCUUUUACAAUGAUCUCAAGAAGUAAUGAAGCUGAGUUGUCUUAUCCUCUUGUUUCACUGGAGGAUUCCAGCAUUGAUGUUCUACAAUGCACCGUCUUCUUUCUCCCAGAACCUCUUUUCCCUGACUAAGCAGUCCAUUUGCCUGAGUUUUUUGUAGAGAAAUAAAAUACUCAGAAGUUGGGGAAGAAUCCUCACUACAAAGUUUUGAAGAAACGUGACCAGGAUUUGGUUGUCCAAUGUAGUGAUGGAAAACACCUGGUUCAGUUCAGAAAAACAGAGUGAAACCAAGUGUGGAAGAGAGAGAUCUUCCUUGGAAUGUGAGUGCAAGGUUGGAGGGAUCACUGAGAGCCAGGAGAAGCCUCCUGAUGUGUCGAUGGGGGAAAGUUGUGCCAAGAGGAGCAAAGGGGCUUCUGACAGCCAAGGACCUUGAGGCUGUUGGAGCUGCUCCUCAUCCUGUCCAUAGCACAGGAUUUUGCUGCCCUGUUCAUCCCUGAACUCCUGCGAUUCAUGACGAGUCUGUGACAAGAAUCAGAGUUCUGGGAAUGCUGGCUGUCACCCCAGGAGUGAAGGGGACCAUCCCUGAAUGCAGGCCAGGCUGGCAGGAAGGUGUGACACACUGGGAUUGCUGUGCUGAGUACAUACAAAAUCCAUGGAUUUAGGAUCUGAAUUACAACUUACUUCAAGCAAAUUCCUGGGAAUAAUUGGUGGUGGACCUUUUAGGAAUUUCAGAGUCCAAAGAGCAGAGGUGGCAGUGAGUGCUGGACAGAACAGAUCAGGAAGAUGGUGCAAGUUGUUACCAUCAGCCACACCUGGUGCCUUGGAGUCCCUGGCCAGGGCUGUCCCUCUGCCUGUCUGUACUGGAGACCCACCACAGCUUCAGAACUUCUGUGUGAGGCACAAACCUUCCCAGAGGUCUGUCCCAGACAGAAUCAUUGGCUCAUUUAGAUUGGAAAAGACCCUCAAGAUUAUCAAGUCUGACCGUAAACCUGAGGUGGCCAAGCCCAGCACUGACCCAGAUCUGGGCAUUGCUGGGUGCACCCCAGGAAGCCACCUGGGGGUGGUUUUUAUGGGCUGUACCAGGAACACCCAUCAGAUCUAGCUCUGCACAGCAGCAGUGUCAUGUUCAGCACACAGCAGAGCAUAAUUGAUCCAGGAGGUUCUGGAAUGCACUGAGGAUAAAUUCUUGUGCUCACCAGCAGGGAAGACCUGGUGGGGAAAGAGAAGCUCAAGGGCAGCCUGGGCUGAGCGAACAUGGAAUGGUGGAUUCAGGAUCCUCAGGGCAACAAGGAGAGCACAGUGAUCCCUGGGAUUCAGGGUGUCACCUCAGGGAUCUGCUCGGUUGAGUCUCAUGGGAUAAAGCCUUGGAGGGAAGAGGGACCCAGGAGAGCUGGUUGAUAUUUAAGGAUCACCUCCAAGCCCAGGAGCGAUGUAUCCUAAGCACGAGGAAGUUGGACAAAAACUCCAGGAGGCCUCUGAGGGUGAACAAGGAGCUCCUGGACAAACUCAGAGAGAGUGGAAGCAAGGACAGGCAGCCUGGGAGGAAUACAGAGGGAUUGUCUGAGCAGCGAGGGAUCAGAUUAGGAAACUUGAAGCCCUGAUGGAGUUAAAUCUGGCCAGGGACAUCAAGGGCAACAGAAAAUCUUCUACAGGUACACUGGUGAUAAAAGGAAGAUGGGACAGUAUGGGCCCUCUCCAGAAGGAACGGGACACCUGCUUACCCAGGACAUGGAGAAGACUGAGAUUCUCAGCGUUUGUGCCUCAGUCUUCACUGGGAAGUGACCCAAUUAUACCACCAGAGUUGCAGAGGCAAAGGCAGGGACUGGGAGAAGGAAGAACCAUCCACAGCAGGACAAUCACAGAAUCCCAAAACCUUUAAGGUUGGAAAAGCCCUCCAAGGUCAUCAAGUCCAACCUGUGACGAAUACCCACUUUGUCACUCAGCCCAGAGCACUGGGUGCCACGUCCAGGAACUCCUUCAACACCUCCAGGGAUGGCGACUGCAUCAUCUCCCUGGGAAUCCCCUUCCAGGAAGAAAUUCCUCUGGAUGUCCAACCUGAAACUUUCCUGGUACAACCUGAUGCUGUUUCCUCUUGUCCUGUCCCUGUUCCCUGAGAGCAGAGGUGUUUCCCUAUGGGCUGCUCAAAGGAUGGGGUGGCUUUGGGUCCAUCCCAUCUGGCCCUAAGUGCAGGGUAUGGAUCGGCCCCCUGGGCCCAGGGGAGCAGAGGUGAGGCCGGAGGCUCCGCCACCCAAAAGGAUUUGGGCUGAGGAGCACUGGAGAGAGGAGGGUGAGAGAGGUGAACCUGGGUGUGGAGGAAGAGACAAGGAGACACAACUCAUUAAUAACCUUCAUUUAAUCCUUCAUGACAUUGGAAAAUGUAGAAAUGUCACAGACUCAUUCACAGUACCGGUAACAUUUGCAUUUCUGUGGGUUAAUAGCAAAGCCCUUGAGAUGAACUACAAGACAAUCACUUCAUACUUUUUUAAACAUAAAAUAAAUGUUUAGAAAUAACA